ACAAAAAGAAGUUCUUCACUUCAGAUUAGCGGAGCAGAACGCAGUACCACAAUCACACUAUUGUAGUUAGGUCCUCACUGCUGAUUGGCUUUCCUGUACAUGUCCUUGUGUACCAGGGCCAAUUCCUACCCUUUCUUCGAAGUGAAGAAUCUGAAUUAUUUUGGUGAAAUGAUCAUGCUGGGACCCUGGCGACUCUGUGUUCCAACAGCUGGCUAUGGGAAAUCGAGGUUUCCGUGCGUCAAGUUCUUCCUUGCCGUGCACUCCCAGCACAAAAGUGAAUAUGUCCUGAUGAAGACGGCCGACCUGACGUGCAGCGACGCUCCGGCUGCUCUGAACAUGCUCAGGGCGGAAGAGGCAAUUCUGAAGCAUCUGCACAGCCGCAGCGUGACCGGAAUCGUCCUGGAGCACGGCCUUUACUACAGCCAUGAGGACGAGGAAGACAACGAACAGAUGACUGGGGCAGCGACUCCCGGAGUGGAGAAGAUGGUCGGCCUAGCUCUGACUAACUACAUUGCCAGCGAUUAUGAUGUGAACUCUGUCCAUUGGACAACGCUGUGGGAUCUUGUGGGUGAAAGCCAUGUGCUCGGGCAGCUUGAGGAGAAGGCUUCAGUGCAACUCAUCAGGCGCAUCGCAGCGGUACUGUUAGCAGUACACGAGGCCGGUGUGGUAAUGCUUCAACUCAGCCUCCACGAUGUAGCCUACAACAUCACCACCGAAGAGAUCAGGCUCACAAACUUCUCUCAUGCACUGAUGGUGGGAGACAAGGAGCUCGUCGAUCUUGAUGCAGAUACUCUGCAAAGCAUCACAACACCUCCCGAUAUGACUGCAGACAUGGCUUACCCUGUUCGCAAAGCCGAUGUCUGGUCGCUGGGUUUGAUGCUGCAUAAGAUAAUCAGCUGCAACAUGCCACAUGAGAUGGAAAAUGCACAACCGCAAGGUUUGCACGGUGUCGCCGUUCUGGACAACGGUUGGCAAAUUCCUUGCGAGCCAGCACUUCACCAGUACACUCGUAACUUCAUAUCUCUCCUCGGAUGGCCUUUCCAUGAUAGCCGUGCAAGUAGUGAAGAAGCAUUCGCCAUCGCAGAGAUGUGCACGACAUUCUUCUCCCGCAUGGCAGGGGAAGGCGCGGAGCAUGACGAAAGUGCUGAUUACGGUGAGAAUGAAGACGACGAGGAAGAAGCCCGCUGCUUCACUCAAGGCGACGACCACCAGUCAGAUGGUCUCGACAUGGAGGAGAUGAUGUAUCAGAUACUGGCUCAGCACAGCUACAUGUAACUAAGUGUGCCGGUCCGUGUGCCGGCUGUGCGCCACAACAGUAGAAUGCACUAAAUCCACAGCAGUGUUAAUAGUCGCAGUCGAUGUUCUACCAACAAAAUCCUGAAUGUCUUCAUGGACCCAUCAUGAAUGUCUCUGGCAUCUACCUGGACACUGUGGUGUCACCUGCUAGUACACCUGCGCCGCCCCCCCCCCCCC